UUUAUUAUCUUACAGCCCGGACUAGAUGAAGUCGUCAAAAAAUGUCGUAAUGUGAAUCUCUUCUUCUCCACUGACAUCGAAACUGCCAUUAAAGAAGCCGAUCUGAUAUUCAUUUCCGUAAAUACGCCCACAAAAAAUUUCGGCAACGGCAAAGGUCGUGCUGCCGACUUAAAAUACGUUGAAAGCGCUGCCCGUAUGAUCGCUGAAAUUGCACAAUCCAACAAGAUCGUUGUCGAGAAGAGCACAGUACCGGUACGCGCCGCCGAGAGUAUCAUGCACAUCCUGCAUGCGAAUCAAAGGCCUGGCGUCCGCUAUGAUAUUCUCUCCAAUCCUGAGUUUCUUGCCGAAGGCACUGCCAUUGAGGAUCUGCUGCAUGCUGAUCGUGUUUUAAUUGGAGGCGAACAGUCGGCCGAGGGUCACAAAGCUGUUGAGAAAUUAUCGUGGAUCUACGAACAUUGGAUACCGAAAAAGAAUAUACUCACAACGAAUACUUGGAGUUCAGAAUUGUCAAAAUUGGCAGCAAAUGCAUUCCUAGCGCAACGCAUAUCGAGUAUAAACUCAUUGUCGGCCGUGUGUGAGGCGACGGGCGCUGAUGUCUCUGAAGUUGCACGCGCGGUCGGCCUGGAUUCACGUAUUGGCUCGAAAUUUUUGCAGGCGUCAGUGGGUUUCGGUGGCAGUUGCUUCCAAAAGGACAUUUUAAAUUUAGUAUAUAUAUGCGAGGGUCUGAAUUUGCCCGAAGUAGCUGCAUAUUGGCAGCAGGUGAUCGACAUGAAUGAAUACCAAAAAUCGAGAUUUUCGCAAAAGAUAAUCGAAAGCCUAUUCAAUACCGUCUCAGAUAAACGCAUUUCGAUAUUUGGUUUCGCAUUUAAGAAAAAUACUGGCGACACUCGUGAAACUCCAGCCAUAACAGUAUGCAAAACACUACUGGAGGAGGGUGCUAAGUUGGACAUUUACGACCCGAAAGUUGAACCAGAACAAAUAAUAGACGAUCUGACACAUCCUAGUGUAACGGAAUCACCCGAAAGUGUCAAGAAGGCUGUGCAAAUACACAGCGAUCCAUAUAGUGCAGUGCGCGGUACACACGCGAUUGUACUUUGCACAGAAUGGGACGAAUUUGUGACAUUGGACUACAAACGAAUCUAUCAGUCUAUGAUGAAGCCAGCCUAUAUAUUUGACGGGCGUAAAAUUUUGGAUCAUGAAUGCUUGCAGCAGAUUGGAUUCCACGUACAGACUAUUGGUAAACGUUAUCAACGGACAGGUCUAAUGAGAUCUUGGGGAAGCGUUCCGCAAUUGUAGAAAACCGCCAUCUAAAUAUUUAAGUACAUACAUCCAUAUACAUAUAUACAUAUAGACAUUCAAGAGAAAUUCUGCUGAUAAAAUUGCAAUGAAAUGCGUGUGUGACACAUCUCAAGCUGAGCUGUUUGGAUAGGAGAAAAAUAACUGAAACCUACUAUAUGCAUACAGUAUUUUUUAAUAUUUUGCUGUAACAUUUAUUAUUGUAAAUAUUUAAAAACGUGUGUACGUAGUAUGUAUGUACGUGUACAUCUAAAUGAUAUACUUUGCAUUAUUUUACAUUCAUAUAACCUCGUAUUAAGCACAUUUAAAGUUCGAAUUCAAAGCUUUUUUUAAAUAGCCAUGCAAACUACAACCAACUAUGUAUUCGUGCCGCCAAUCGAAACGACGGUAGUUAUCUUACUUCCUCCCAAUAGUACUUACAUAUGUAUACGUCAAUGCAAUAAUUUACUAAAACUUCUAAUUACAAAACAUACAUUUAAACAAAUAUUCAAGCACAUUGUAUAUACGAACUUUACACGAUUACAUUCGUUCAAAUAUGUAUGAAAUCACAAAAAUGUGUACGGUAAAAACAAGUCGUCUUUUUAUUUUAAAUAAAAGCGUAAUUCAAGCAUAUAA